CGUUCCUCGUCCCAUCCCAUUAGAUUUUCGACUGUUUACUCUUCUAGUCCCUUAAGGACAAAGAUGGGUUGGGUUUCUUCACGGUUCGCCUUACCCCCUAGGACAACCUACGGAUACUUAUGGGCCUCUUCCGGUUAUUCGGAACCAGCAACCUCGUCGCGUCUCCGCCAUUCAUCGUUCACAUGAAUCCAAGCUCUGAGCACCGGAACCCCAGUCGCCUGCCCUAGGAGAGCCCGCUACCGCAACCUCGGCUUCAUUUGUAGAGGCAGUUAUCCGGCUCUCCGUUAGCCCUGGCCCCGAGAUCCUGAUUCCUGACCCAUGACUUACUCGGACGAACGAUGUCCAUGUCCUGGUUCACCGACGAUGAUCAAGAUGUGUUCAUCCCACCACAUUCCCCAUUGCCUGUGCAAGAGAACUCCGGAGAGAUGAACAGCAACAUGCAUAGCGAGGCCACAAGACCUAGCCGAAACAUUCAUGCCCUACAAGAGUUGAGCGAUUACCACGACGCCUUGCGAGAUGUAAGCACACGCCCAACUGUACGGCGUACCCCAGGCAAUCGACAGGAAUCUGCAAAUCGACCAUCCACUCAUUCGAUAGCUAGGAGAGAGCUCAAAGAGUCGAGAGCGUUGAAGGAGAGUCGCCCAUCCAAGUCUCAUUCCACCAUCAUCUCCAAUACAACUCUGCAUCCGCCACCGACGAAACCCCUGCCACCUGUCCCCCGACCACGAUUGCCUUCCAAGGGUACCAUCGACACAUCACCCACCUCUCCGACAAUCUCGUCGACCCCUGAUCAUUGGACAUCGAGAGCACCGCGCGGCACCGGGACAUUGGUGUCCGCGGCAUCUCCUGGAGGGGAAUCAUGGACCGCAUCUUCCCGCGAGAGCCGGCUCACCCCUCUUACCCUCGGAUCGCUGGCUGAAUCCUUAGCCUCGCCCAUCACCAUUCCCCAUGUUGAACCUGGACUUGAACCUAGGCCCCUGCCUCCGACCCAGGCCCAGGCCCAGCCUCAGACUCAGGUCACGCCACGCAUCGACGUGGUCCCCUCGAAGCGGCUCUCCCACAACAACAAGGAUCGCGGCAGCAUCUCCUACAUUGACGUCUCCCCCUCUUCGACCAUUCUAGCCAGCAAGCAAGGCAACCACAUGAUCAGGCUCUGGGACGUGCCGCAAGAAACCUUAGCGAGCACCAUCAAAGUCCGCUUCUAUGUCCAGACCCAGCCCCGAUCGAGAGACUACUUUGUCCGGAGCCAUGCUAUUCUCUCCGAAACGGCAGCCCUCAUCGCCAUCGCCACCGCCUUCGGCCAUACCCUUGAGAUCUGGAACUGGUCCAAGUCGAAGAAACUCCAGACCAUCGACGACGCCUACCGCUGGGCCUCCGCCCGCGGCGACAUCUUCCAAGCCAACUGGCCGUCCCUGGCCACGUACCGAGAAGACCGCGACACCAUCGACCUGUAUCCCCUGAGGCAAGCCCGCGCCGACAAACCGUUCGACAAGCCGUUCGAUAAGCCCCGGACCAUCGACCUCCGCCUCACCGGCCUGCCGCACGUCCCCAAGUGUCCCGAGCUGGCCUACUCUGCCACGGGACCCCUGCUCAUCGCCGCCGCCGGACCCCGGACCCCGAGACCGGGUCACCCGCCCCCCGAGCACGGCCCGAUGCUCAUCGCCUGGGAGGUAGACGACGUCGCCAGCCCCUCGCACAAGCCGUACAAGUUCAUCAUGCCGGCGGCCCACGCAGACCUCGCCAUGGCCCUCCCGUUUUGCCUCGUCACGUAUGGGAGCGUCGCCGUAUCCAUCUGGAUCCCGGCCGCGUAUCGCCUGGUCGAAGGGAAGGGCAAAACGGGCGGCGGCUCGAGGCUGGAACCGGCCCCCGUUACGGCCAGGCACGUUCUCUUGUGGGACUUUUCCGCCAACACCGCCUGGACCUACGCCAUUCCCGACGCCGUCGCCUGCGUGUCCCCCGACUGUCGGUUCGUCGCCUACUGCUGCGACCACAAGGCCGGCGUGGCUAUCCUGGACGCCAUGACGGGGCGGGAACUGUGCUGGUUGCACGUGGGCAAGGAAGAAGAGUCGAUCCAUUCCAGCGACGGGUCGUCCGUCCUUUCCAGAGUCUCCGGGGGGUCGUCCGAGCAGUCCAAGGGUGCGCACCAGAUCACCGAGCUGUGUUUUUCGGCGGAUGGGAGCCUCUUUUAUGUCGGAGAUGGGGCCGGCAGUGUCCGUGUCUAUCAUAUCAAGGAGCCUCAAAGAGAAGAUAUGUUACGACCUGGCAUGCCGGUGGACACAUGCAUCGAAAGCUCCAAUGGGGGCAUAGAGAAAUCAUUGUUCAUGGUCUGACUUAUAGAUAUAUAUCAGCCGGCAGAAAGGCUGAUCUCUCUGCAGAAACCACCGACGACCCAUUAAAACGCUCACAAAUACCGCCCCGUGAUAUCUAGGCUGGGUGAGAAUGAGAUGCGGUGUUCGUCUUCGCGGUCG